UUCUGUGUCUUGAAAUGUACAGUAUACAAAUAUUCCUAGUGAAACAAACCUAUUUAUAUUGGUAACUCAUCGUAAACAUCAAUACAUCUGGAGUACUCUACCUCUAAGAAGAAGGUAUUUAUCUUCGCAACACGCAUAAGCACCACAUUCAAAGAAAAUUAGACGUCUAAGAGGAAAGAAGUUAUAACCUAGGAUGGCGACAGGUCUACGAGUUAUUCGAGGACGUGAUUGGCUGUCGGGUGACGUCGAUGGGGGUGAAGGUCAUCUCGGAACGGUCGUGUCAUACGGGAAAGAUGAAACAGCUGAAGUGAUCUGGGACAAUGGGAAACAAACUGUGUCGAGCAUUGGGAAGGACAGCAAAUACGAGCUGAGGCUUGUAGACAAUGCUCCUGUAGGAGUUUGCCAUCAGUCUGUCACUUGCGGCGGCUGUGGAGAGAUCGGGGUGAUUGGAAUACGAUGGUCGUGUGGCCAUUGUACCAGCUUUCACUUGUGUUCUUUGUGCUACGUCACGGGAAAGCAUGACCUCUCUCACAACUUUGUGCGUCAUGACACGCCCACAUCUAUGAGAGAGCGCGUGCCUGCACGGGAUACCUCGAAGAAGAUUCGAACUAAAGGACUGUUUCCUGGCGCCGUCGUUGUUCGUGGAACUCACUGGGAUCAGGGUGACAACGAUGGUGGUCCAGGCAAGGAAGGGACUGUAGUUGUUAUACAAAGCUUUGAUUCUACGUCACACAGAUCGGUUGUGAAUAUAGCGUGGGAUUCAGGGGAGACAACCACGUGUCGUGUGGGUCACCAAGGUCAGGUGGACGUCCAGUGUGUCCGUGAAGCUCUUGGACCAGACAUCUACGCUGAACAUCUGCCACUUUUAGACACUGCUAAUGCGGUAGCUCCAAUAGACAGAGCCAACUCUGGAAAGGACGAGGAAUCUGGCAAAGAAUCCAAGAAAGGCGCCAGUGGGGGUUCGUCAGACAAAGCUAAGGUUCCUAAACCGAAGGCUGGUAGCGUUGUGAGGAUUCUUGAUGACAAGGCCAAGGUCAAAGCCUUGCAGGAAGGUCACGGGGGAUGGAAUGACACAAUGGAAAAGGCUCUCGGUAAAGUGGGCAAGGUGUUAAUAAUACAUCCCACGGGAGAUGCACUUGUUGAGUUUGCAUCAAACAUGUGGACAUUCAACCCAGCAUGCUGUCUACCGGCCUCCGAGUCAGAGCUGCCGUCAGAUACAAAUACCCUAGGAUUGGAAGGCCUUCUGUCACCCGACGACUUUCUUAAAAAUAUGACACAGAGAUUGGCGGCAGGGAUAGGUUUACCAGAUGGUCUUCUUCAAACACAGAUCAAAAUACAGACAAUGUCCUUGAAAGGCGAGGGGACAAAGGAAUUUUUAGAGGCAAUUAAAGAUUCAGAUGUGGAGAAAGUUAAGAAGGUUUUUGAGAAAUUUCCUAAACUAGCAAAUGGUCCAUCUGAGAAUGGCAUCACAUGUCUGCACAUAGCUGCUAAUGAAGGGAAACUGGAGAUUGUUAAGUUUCUCGUGGAAAAGGAGUUUGAUAAGGAUGCUAAAGACGCAUUGGGAAGCACGCCUCUCCUAAACGCGCUAGACAGCAAGCAUAUAGAUGUUGUUCGCUUCCUAACUGAAGCUGGCACUGAUUUGGACAUCAGCAACGACAAUGGCCAGACGGCAAUGCACUGUGCCGUGCGUGCCGGAAAUCCAGCUAUUGUUCGUGAUCUGAUCGUGCGAAACUGUGACGUCAACGUCACGGACAACUCUGGCGACACUGCACUACAUGAUGCGAUAGCUCAACAUGAGACCAGCUGUGCAGAAAUGAUUCUGACUUCGCCAAUUCUCGACUUAACUAUUGAAAAUGAAAAAGGAUUUAACCCUCUCCAUUGGGCUGCGUUUCAUGGCAAAUCUAGCAGUACACUGGUUGAGAAAAUCUUACAGAGAAACAAGAAUCUUGUUAAUGUUCGAAUGGAAGACGGACCCACUCCUCUCCAUAUUGCAGCGAUAAACGAUCACACAGAAACAGCACAGAUACUUAUAAAACAGGGAGCAGAUGUGAAUGUCAAGGACAAGAACAAAGAAGCAAGCCCCUUGCAUCUCGCUUGCACACAUGCCUAUUUGGGUGCAGCUAAAAUCCUCGUGGCCGCAGGAGCCGAUGUUAAUAUGGGCGAUGUUGACAAGAACACACCUCUGCACGUGGUGAUGAGGUCGUCUGAAGUAAAAGUUGACUCGGAUGGAGGUUUAAUGGGAGGCUUGCUGAAGGGCCUGGUGAAAACAACUUCUGGCAGUACUCAGAGUCGUGUUAAACUGGCCACCUUCCUGCUGGCGCAUGGAGCAGACGUCAACGCCAGAAACAUAGACAACAAAACGCCAAUCGAUAUUUGUACUGUCAAGACGUUGAAACAAGCCGUUGAAAAUUUCAAGAAAGAAAGCAGUAAACCUGCCCCUGCGUCCAUGGACGCUCUGCUGUGUUCCAAGUGUUUCAUACGCACCGCUGACGUCACGUUGUUGCCAUGCAACCACAAGAUGACGUGCAGAGACUGUCAUACGAGGAUGUCUACUUGUCCACUUUGUGGCGGGGAGGUCACAAAAGCUGUAGAUUCAGAUGCCGUGGAUAUUGCGGAAAUUCCAGCACUCGACUUAGACUGAGAUAUAGCUGCAUCGCGCAAGAAAACCCUACCUAACCUCUUUAUGUUAGGGGAAAAAGGAAGAAGAAAAGUGUGUUAAUAUGUUACGUUGUGUGUUUUAACAGAACUUUAAAUAAGACGUUCUUAUCUUUUGACUGUUUUUGAAAUCUUGUUUAAAAUUAAUUUGUUGAUGAUAGAAGAUUUUAAAAAUGUAUUAACGUAGAUUCAUCAUUUUGUUUUUGACGUACAUUGUGUUGUUAGAAUUUCUAUAAAUAAAAUACACAACUGAAGGCAUGCAAUAACUAGUUGAAGGCACGUAAUACGAACAAACGUAAAUGUGCAUGAAAGUUGCAAGUGUCAUAUUUAGUUAUUUUUGUUGUAUUUAUUUGUGAUAAAUAACUACAAAUUAAUCGAUUCCUCUACAUGUAAUCGUUGCAUAAAUUGUAAUGUGCUGUGUCGUUUUAUAUAUAGUGGGUUUUCCAUGAUGUUUUGAUUAAAAAUGUAAAGUUCAUAAAAAAUCUUCAUCAUAUACUUGAAAUAGCAGUCUUUUGUGAAAAAUUGUGAAUGUGGAGAUGAGAUCCAAAUUGAAACUGAGAUAUCACAUUUAAGUCGUCAAUCAAUGUUAUUAGAUUUUACCAAUAAUAUAAAUUUAUAGAUAGUAAUAAAUCAAAUCAGUGGGUUGUAAUUUUUAUGAGCAUGCAAUUCCAGAUACACUCUUUACGUUUGUCAACAAAUAUUAAUACAUAUUAUUAUUGACUGUAUGAACCUUUGAGACUGUCCCUUUGAAAAUAUUGUUUUAAAAUAUACAUAGGUAAAGGUAAACUCAUAACGGCUUUAUAAAUUGUCUUAAACUUACCGUUGUAAGAAUGUGGUUUUAGAAAUAAAACAAUUCACUGUGUUUUAGGCCGGGACAUAAUACUAUAUAAUUUAAUUUGCUCAACUCGAUAUUGACGUUGCAUGAAUAGUGGUUUUUCCAGUAUUUUAUCAUUUGUGAUAACUUGUAAGUAUGGGACGCGACGCGAUCCAUCACUGUUAUUAGAUUUUCCAAUAAUGUAAAUUUAUGAAUAGUAAUAAAUGAAACCAUUGGGUUGUGCUUUUUAUUUCGCAACAGAAAUGAAUACACAUUAUUAACUGUAUGAACCUCUGAGACUCCCUUUUAAAAAAUUGUUUUAAAAUGUAUAUUGAUAGAGGCAAACUCUUGAAGGCUUUAUAAACUGCCUACAAAUGAUCAUUGUAGGAAUGAAGUGUUACAAAUAAACAAUUCAUUGUUUAGGCUAGAAUAUAACAAUUUUCAACUACAUAAUAUGAAUAUGGAAAUAUUGUUCUGGAAAUAGGAUCAAGUUUACAAAAUGUGAGUGUAUAAAGUCAGGUUUCAUAUAUACACCAGAAUAAAAUGACACAAAAUAAAGCAGAAUGCCCAAGAAAUAAAUACAUUGAAAUACGAAAAUACAGCAUAUUUGGCGCAUUAUCCCCCAUUCAGUUGGCAAUAUUAAGUGCAGUAUUGCGCACUGUAGGUAUUUUGCACGCUUAUGAACGUGGAAAUUAUGUUUUCUAUAUAUUAACUAUUGCGAUUUGGCUACAAAUAAUCGAAUGGAUGUGAGUAAAUAUGUUAAAGAGUUGACAUGGGCAGAUAAGUGAAAAGUGACACAUUCAAUUGGUAGGAACCGCACGCAUAGCAGUAGCGUAACCAAUCAUAAUAUUGGUCUUGGUCAUAUUGAAUAGCAGCUCCCCCGAGCGGUAUUUGGGCAAACUUUUAUAUAUUUAUAUUUAUAUACAUAAUAUUUGUAAAGAAUUGUCAUUUUUGUCUUGUAGUUUUGUGUACGUAUAGUUUAUUUUUAAUUUGUUGUUUUAGUGUUUAAAUAUUUGUUUUUAUUUGAUGUAAUCUUGAAUCUCUUUGUACUCAAAUCUACCAGAACAGAACAGAACUUUAUUACACUCAGGCCGUUAUGCAACUGCGUAGGAGGAACAUACGUAUUCUGAACUACAUCACAUAAAGAUUUGUGAAAACAUCAAGACCCAACAGACAAGGAGUUAAGAGAUGUCAAUCUACAAUACAGAAAGACUUGUGAAACUAUCAAACAAAGACUUAUGAAAUAUCAAGCUACAAUACAGAGUGACUUGAAUAUACAUCAAGAUAAGACGUAUGAAGGAUCAAGCUACAGACAAGAAGGACAUGAAAAUAUCAAGCAAUGACUUAAUAUCAAACAUCAAGCUGCAAUUCUAAGGGAGUUGUAAAAACAAUCUUCUUUAAUAGUUUUAAAAUCUCUUCUUACUUCAAUGGAGUGACUUGUUUGUGUUCCUUUAUAGAUUGCUGUAUUGUUAUGAUAUUAAUUAUUGGUGUUGAUCUGUUUUAAUCGGUACACAAUGUCAUACGUAAAUACAGAAUGUGUGUCUGUUCGCAAACCUGAAAAGAGGAAGGCUUGUCUAGUAUCAAGUGUUUCAAUAUUGUUGUUUUAAAUUUUUAGUAAAACGUGUUUACGUUCAA